AUGGAGUCAGUGGAAUCAUGCACGCCAGAGUCACAGAGUGCGCUGGAGACGGGAGCCCUCGGCGGACUGCUGUCGUUCUCUCCUGACACUGCCGGCGUGGUGGGAAAAAUAAUCUUGGUGGCGAAGUGCGGGACAUUCGCAAUUUACCGUCUACGAUGCACCUACAUGCGCACUCUUGUCCUCCGAUUCCUCUUCAUUCUUAUGGAAAAUGCGAUGUGGAUUUGGGUUGGAGACCAGAAAGAGGUUUUUGAGGACUUGGAGGCUGCAUUUCCAGUCACUUUCAGCGGAGCGACCGGAAAUAAGGCAGUCAGCACGUGCCUUUUUUCCUCGGAUGUGGACAGUUCAAGUAGCAUCCUUGCGUCCAAGCUCGCGACUCGAUUGGAAAGACCAGUUUUCCUUUCAGUAAACGUCGACAAAGCAGAUGGGCAAAUGAUCAUGUUUAUUCAGAAGGUCUUGCAAGAGCAAAGUGGCCUUCUGCUGAGGCCCGAUGUGAAACGCGAGAAUGCAGCAGACUAG